AUGGGGCGGACGCACCCAGCGUUUGAGAGACUUGUGUACUUGCACUUUCUGAAGAUGAAUGAAUUUAAAUAUAAAUACCAAUACAUUCCUUCCACAAACCUACAUUUACCUGAGGAGAUCACAACAUCCCGAUUGUAUGCCUCUGCGACAGAGGGCUUUGAAGCCCAAAUUGCCAGCCUGGUGGAAAUGUUUUUGGUUGAAGUGUACAGGUGCAAACUUUGUCAGUUCACAAGCAGUAUCAAGAAUAAAAUCAGAACUCACAUGACUAACAUUCACAAACAAGGUAGAAUUUGCCACAUUUCUGAAUGCCUUGAAAUGGGCCCAGAUCAAGAUGAAAAUGACUCAUACAGCAUAGGGGAUGAAAUCUGCCAAGAAAACAAAGAAAAUGAAGAAAACCUUGCAAAGAUGUCAUUUCUGUUGCCCAUGUACCAGAUGAUUCAUAACAUGAGCCCUGAAUGCUGUGAUGUGAGCCUGGGGAAUCAUAGUGAUAAUCCUAGUGUCUCUCAUUCUAGUAAGGUAAACACACUGUUUGAAGAAGAAGCAGGUCAGUUUCAGCUUGAGGAGCCCUGCUCUGUGGUGCCUAAUCCACUCUCAUAUUCCACAGACCCUAAUGAAUUUAAAAGAAGCAAAGAUGAGGAGGAAGCCCAAUCUGAACAUCUCAUGUCACUUGGCCUGUGUCGCAUUUCCAGCAUUAAAACGCAAACCUUAGAAGUAGAAGUGAAAACAACUAAAGUUGAAGUCAAACAAGAAAAUAGUAAAAGUCAGAAGAAGGUCAGACCUGAACACAGCGGCUUAGCUCAGCCUUUGAAAGGUAUUUACACCUUAAAACCAAGUGCUGAACGAAUACAACACUGCAACAUAUGUGACCAAGAACUGAAGUCAAAGGGUGCUUAUAAAAUCCAUGUUAAAUGUCAUGAUGGGGAUGAGGGCUUCAAAUGUGUUUAUUGCAAUUGCUGCAUGACUGAAUGGAACUUAAUGGAAAAUCAUUUAAAAACACACAAGCCAGUAAAAGAGAGCUACCAGUGUCUGAUUUGCAAGAGAGUUUUUAUGUCGCCAGGUGCAUGGAAAAUGCACAGGAACAACCAUCAUGGAAAACGUAAUCUCUUUCAAUGCACAAAGUGUUCAUCUCUUUAUGAAACUGAGCAAGUGAGAAAUCUGCACGUAUCUUGUCAUUAUGGCGACUUGUUUAAAUGUCUGCACUGUGAUUUUAUUGAGAGAGAGUGGAGUAAGGUCUACAAGCAUCUUCGCACCCACAAAUACAGUUCCAAACCACAUCAAUGCACCGAAUGUGAAAGAUGGUUCUUCCAAAUAGCUGAGCUGAAAGAGCAUAUGGCAAAACACAAAACUCCCAGACCCUUCCUAUGUUCAUUAUGUGGCCAAGCGUUUAAAUAUAGACGUCAAAUGAGCAGGCAUCACAAACAUGUCCAUCAAAGACAGAAAGUGAAAGAGAUGAAGAAAAGAAAGAGAACGGAGAAUACUCUUGUGCGCUUGGAUACAAAAAGAACAAUUAGAACAAAAAAGAACUCAAAUGAAUUUGUGUGCAGCAUCUGCAACAGGAAGUGUUCUUCAAAACUGGCUCUACAGAGACACAUGGGAAUACAUGCUGGCAUCAAACCCUUUCAUUGCCAGCACUGCGAGUACAAAACUAGGCUAAAGGCCUCAUUGAUACAGCAUAUGUGUAUCCAUACUGGUGAGAAGCCUUUCAAAUGUGAAAUCUGCUCUUAUGCCUCAAUUGAUGCAAGCUCUCUGCGCAGACAUUUCAGGACUCACACAAGUGAGAGGCCCUACAAAUGUGAAAUGUGCUCGUACAGUUGCAUCCAGAAGAAGAGCCUGGACCUCCAUGUGCGACGACAUCACACUGGUGAGGCGUUUGGCUGUAGUUUUUGCUGCUAUUCUUCCCCUGACAAGCAACUCCUCCGGAAGCAUGUAAAGAAAUAUCAUCUCAUUUCAGAAACCUCAUUAAUCAGCACCCAGCCCACCCCUAGCCUCAAACCAUUUCCAGUGGAGCAUUAG